UGCGAUCCCGGUUCCCCUUUUCGAGCCUGGUCCCAGUUGGAGGCAGCGAAAUGCAGCUGGUUGUGAAGAUCCGGCUGUGAACGCCGCAGCGGUGCUGGGUCAGAGCAGAGCCUGGCAGCCCCCCGGAGCCCUGCCCGGAGAGACCCCCCUGCGCCGCGGUGGGAUUCCAGGAUGACGGGCCGAGCCCAGAGGAACUGGGGGGCGCUGGCCCCCCUCUGCCUCCUCCUCUUCCUCCUCCUCCUCCUCACCCUCGGCGCCUCCUACAAGCCGGUCGUGGUCGUCCACGGCCUGUUCGACAGCCCCUCGGAGUUCAGCCAGCUGCUACGCUUCAUCAACCAGACCCACCCUGGCACCAACGUGACGGUCGUGGAUCUCUUCGACCGCAGCCAGAGCCUGAAGCCGCUGUGGGUGCAGGUGGAGGGUUUCCGACGCGCCAUUUCGCCCAUCAUGCAGAACGCGGCCGACGGCGUCCAUCUCAUCUGCUAUUCGCAGGGGGGGCUCAUCUGCCGAGCUCUGCUCUCCACGAUGCCUGAUCACAACGUCGACACCUUCAUCUCCCUCUCCGCACCCCAGAUGGGGCAGUACGGGGACACCCGGUACCUGCGCUGGCUGUUCCCCAGGUACGUGAAGUCCAACCUGUACCGGUUCUGUUACACCCGCCUGGGCCAGGACGUCUCCAUCUGCAACUACUGGAACGACCCACAUCACCGGGACCUUUAUCUCAACAGCAGCAACUUCCUCGCCCUGCUCAACAGUGAAAGGGUUAAUCCCAACGCCACAGCCUGGAAGAGGAAUCUCGUGCGGAUCCGGAAGCUGGUUCUGGUCGGGGGUCCGGACGACGGCGUCAUCACGCCCUGGCAGUCCAGCCUCUUCGCUUUCUACAACCUCAACGAGACGGUGACGGACAUGGAGCAGCAGCUGGUGUACCUGCACGACAGUUUUGGGCUGAAGACGCUGGACGCCCGCGGUGCCAUCGCCCGGUGCCAGGUGCCCGGGGUGCCCCACACGGCCUGGCACUCGAACCGCACCGUCUACGAGGCCUGCCUGGCCCCCUGGCUCUCCUAGUGGGGGGGCCGGGGGCGGGGCCCCCCGCCGUUUUAAUUCCAACCCCCAGACAAUGCCAUCCUGCUUGGUACCAACGGGGUG